CAAUGCAGGCUUUGACGUUAAGUUAUUUUGCUUAGGUGCUUAGUGAUAACAGUCAGAGUGUACCAUUCCAUACUUUCCACGCGAGUGAUAUAAAGACAGCACAUGAUAGAGACACGGUAAUAAAUGUAAGAUUCUCGAUUCUACGUCGUUGUGUUUUCGAGUGGAACUUUUUUUGAAAUACAAGUUUGAAUAAUCAUUACGUGUAAUUUUCUCAUAAUUUGCAUUUAAAUACCUAUAUAUAUAUAAAUUUUAUCUAUAUCUAAUAAUAAAGUAAAUUGUGUUAUGAAUCACUGAUUAUUAUAAUUAUUACUAACAUUUUUUUUUUUUAUUAAAAAUUUCACAGUGAAAAAUUGAAAUAUUUAUAAUUAAUCAGAGUGUAUAUCUCUCUUUUAUCGAUCAUACGAUGUGAAAAUCAUAAAUAUUUUGAACAAUAAAUGACACGAUUUGAAGAAAAUUCGAUCAAAGAUAUUCGAUUAAAGUGUUUCCGUAAAAUCGAAUCGAUGUGAAUGAAAUAAUUGUGAUAUUAAAUACAAGUAUUUACAUGUUGAAUAUAUGGAAGUGGAAAAAAGGAAAACUUUCUUUCUCCUCAUAGCGUCUGUGAUUUUUCUAAUAGGAUGUAUAUACGUCUGGAACCAGGAAUCAAAACUAUGGGAAAAAGUAAAACGACCAAAUAUAAUCGUGAUCAUGGCCGACGAUCUUGGGUGGAACGACGUGAGUUUUCAUGGUGCCAAUCAAAUACCCACGCCGAACAUAGACGCCCUGGCCUACAACGGCGUUAUAUUACAACGACAUUACGUCCUACCGAUAUGCACGCCAUCAAGGACAGCCUUUCUCACAGGCCGUUAUCCUAUUCGAACAGGUAUGCAAGGUUAUCCACUGAAAGCGGGAGAACCACGUGCGAUACCUCUAAACAACACUCUUCUACCUGAAUACUUGCGAAAAUUAGGAUACGCCACGCAUCUUGUAGGAAAGUGGCACGUUGGCUAUUAUAGUGAUUAUCACACACCAACUCGUCGUGGUUUCGACACGUUCUUUGGAUAUUAUAGUGGUUACAUCUCAUACUUUAAUCAUACUAUUAAACAAGAUAAUCACACUGGAUACGAUUUGCAUUACGACAAUUCAAAGAAUUUCUCCGUCAAUUACAAUUUCGAGUACACAACCGAUCUUAUUACAGAAAGAGCCGAAAAUAUAAUUAAGAAUCAUGAUCGAGAGAAACCUCUUUAUCUUCAAUUAUCCCAUUUGGCUGCUCAUUCUAGCGAUGCAAAAGAGGUUAUGGAAGUUCGCGAUGAGCAAGAAAUGAAUGCCACUUUAGAAUACAUCGAAGAUUAUAAUAGGAGAAAAUUUGCGGGCGUGGUUACCGCGAUGGACGAAUCCGUUGGCAGAGUGAUUAAGGCGCUGGAACAAUCGAGUAUGUUGGAAAAUUCAAUUAUCGUUUUUAUAUCUGAUAAUGGCGCGCAAACUGAAGGAUUAUUGGAGAAUUAUGGGUCAAACUAUCCAUUGCGUGGGUUGAAAUUUACACUUUUCGAGGGUGGAAUUCGUGGUGUAGCAUGCGUUUAUUCGAGAUUAAUACAGAAUUCCUCGAGAAUUUCCAAUGAAUUGAUGCACAUAACCGAUUGGCUGCCGACGUUUUAUUCAGCAGCUGGAGGUAAUCUGGAGAAUCUGGAGGAAAAUAUGGACGGUGUCGAUCAAUGGGAUACGAUUGUCUCUGGAAGAGAAUCAAAGCGCGGAAACGUGUUGUUGAACAUCGACGAAGUGAAAGAUGUUUCUAGCGCGUUGAUAGGAAAAUACAAAUUAAUUAACGGAAAAAAUAUUCAAUAUAGUGACUACUAUGGCGAUAACGGUACGAGUAUGUCAUAUCCCGAGUACAAUGUAUCGAGCGUUUUACAUUCAAUUGUCGGUUCUACAAUUUUUCAUACGACAAAUUUCACGUUAAAUAUCGAGGACGUAAUUAAGCUUCGAAACAAGGCAAUGGUUGUUUGUAAUAAUUUCACGAGUUAUCCGAAAUGUGUGGACAAAUGUUUAUUUGACAUUUACAACGAUCCUUGUGAAACGACAGAUUUGUCCGACGAACAUCCUGAAAUUGUCAAGAAAUUAAAUUAUUUUAUCGCGGAAUACGAAAAAGUUUUAUUAUAUCAAACGAACGCUCCCGUGGAUCCACGUUCUUAUCCUGAAAAUUUCAAUGGGACAUGGAUGCCUUGGAUACAAUUAUCCCCAAAUGAAAUCCCAAUUUUUUAUUGAUUUAAUGACUUAACUUAAAUAAGUUAUUGGAAAAAAUCUAUUUAAAAUAACAUUAAGCCAAGAUGAUUAUUUCAUUUGCAAUGAAGCAAAGAUUACAUUUAUCAUAUUUUACAAAUAAUUUUCAAUAAUUUUCAAUACUUCAUAUUGUAUAUACUUACACAUCGUCAUUUAAUUGCAUCUAACUUAAUAAUCUAAAGAAAAACGUACAAUGAAAAUUAUUGUAAGUAGUAAUUAUAAUGAUUUUGAAUGAUUGAAAAUUAAAAUACGAAUCAAGUUAUUUCAGUUAA